UCUGUUACCAGGUCUGUAAUGGGGCUGAAUACCUGAAGCUUCCAGUGGAAGAGAUGCGACAAGCUGUCCAGUCGAAAGCUUGCUCAGGGAGAGCAAUGUGGACAGAUCCUCCAACUGCAAUGAGGAGCUCCUCCAGUGCAAACCAGGCUGUGGUGUCUCCACAGACAGACGCUGGCAACUACUUGGGUCAGGCAGGCAGAUGCUCAUACAAUCCCCGGUGUCAUUGGGCAGACAAAUCUCGGCUUGAUUUGAAGACGCUGAAGUUUACGAGUGGUGCAGUUUUGCAGGUGGAGACCAUUCCACCUGGGAUCCUGGACAAGGUUGUCAUGUUUUACUGCUGUGUUUCAUGUGGCAAAGUGUUCUGGGAGGGUUCUCACUUCAACCGAAUAGUGUCCCAAUUCCAGGAGGUCCUCCAUGUGACUGACAAGAAGACAUUUUACCACCUGUGACAGGUCUUGAUGCCGCAUCGGGAAGUCAAUACUCAUCUUAGAAUAGGCAGAGGAAAUGCUCGUCAGUGAGGCAGUGCCUAGUUUUGCUGCUUUAUUUCUCCACACAUUGCAGCUCUUCUGUUAAGCACAUUGUUGUUGCCAGUCUGAAGAAGGCAUGCCGAGGUUACAUCCAGUCAUUGCUUCAGUGAUUGGCGAGUCAAACCAUUUACCACCUGUUCCCAUCUGACCCUACCACUCACCCUGUCCUCGUCCUGCCACUGACCCCACCUUCGCUAUUGCAGGUGAGAAAGUGCCUGUUCUGAAGCUGCUGCAUGUUAUUCUGGUCUGCAUGGUUGUUUUAAUGAUUGUUUUAAUGGCCACGGAGACUGUUUUGAAUCAAAAGCUGCAAGUUUCUAGAGUGGUUCUCUCGGUCUUCUGCCAGAGAUUCUGCAAAGUGCAGGUAGCUCUUUUUUUUUUAAAAAGAGGUUUCCUGUAUCACAUUUUACAUUAAUAAACUGGACAUUUGCCAA